AGAGUAUAUCAUCUGGCCAGUCUCCUCAUGCCGAUAUUUCAUUUCGAUCAAUCCAACUCCUCUCGCUCCUUACAAGCCUUGCCACGACGUUAACACCCUAAUGAUGGCCGAUACGAUCCUUAUGAUUCGACCGGAGUGCUAAUGGCAAUUAUCAUAUUGGAUUGAAUAACAAAAAUCGACUACUGCGCAACGACAGGGACUACCAUCAUCAACGCCUUGCACUUGCCCGGAUUCACCACGAAACAUGAAGCUCCCCCCAGCCGAUGUGUUGGCGACAUGGCCAACACCGAAUUAUAUUGACCCUACCACCCGUGGGGAUUCUGUCCUUAUCGUGACCAUCGUCUUUGCUGCCAUAGCUUUUGUCGUAACUUGCCUCAGACUCUAUACUCGCUUCAAGAUAACAUGCAGCCCCGGGAUCGACGACGUUCUUAUCGUAGUCGCACUGGCCUUUACGAUUGCGAUGUGCGUGGUUAUUUGCUUGGCCACUGAACAAUAUGGAUGCAACAGACAUAUAUGGGACGUUCCGUUGGAGUGGCUUUCAACUGCUUCCAAAUUCAACCUCCUUUUCCAAAUCCUCUUUUCCCUAUCAUCCAGCUUCACGAAACUUGCGCUCUUAUGGUUUUGCAAACGACUACUUGGAGCCGGUAGCAAGGGUCUCUAUACCUCAUACAAUAUAAUUUUGAUCGGGGCAAUGGUCUUGGUGGCACUGCUGUGUAUCAUCUUUUUGCUUGUAUGCAUUUUCCAAUGCAGCCCGAUCCAUGCGUACUGGGACUUUCAGCCAACAUACCCUCAUCACUGUUUAAAUGACGGGGCCGUUGUAUUCGCCGCUAGUGUCGUCAAUAUCUUUACCGACUUUUUAGCCACGGUGAUCCCAAUGCCGUUGAUCUGGAACCUUAAACUGCCGGCCCGGCAGCGAAUUGCUGUGAUGUCCAUUUUUAGUCUUGGAAUUGUGGUCAAUGUUGCCGGUACCGUUCGGACGGUUUAUGUGUAUAAGAGUAUGAUCGCCUCGUACGACAUGACUUGGUUGGGUUGGCCGGUGUUCCUUACUGCAUCCAUAGAGAUCAAUCUGGGAUUGAUCUGUGCUUCUGCACCUGCAUUGAGACCUCUGGUUACGUUUUUCUUGCCACGGCUACUCCAGUCCACCCAGAAAUACGCGUCUGGGUAUGGCCAAAGUCGUCCUCAAAAGUUGUGGUCGUCGCUCAACCCAUCUCGGCACUCUACCAGACCCUCCAGGGGCCGAUCGCAUCAUCAUACUGACAGCCAACUGGAACGAUUUGAGGUCUACCGAACGGUUGAGAUGGAAACUUGGACCGAAGCCCGGAAUCCAAGCGAGCCGGCCGAUAAUGCUCAUAGUAUGCCAGCUAACCACGCCCGUGUCACAACGCCCAACCACGAUUUCGAUCUUAAGUAUGAUAGUGCGGUAUACACAUCGCCUGCCAGCGAGAAGUCUUCUGCAUCUCUUACCCGGCAAACCAGCUCACCAUUCAAAGACAAACAUUCCAUAUGACACUCCUUGACAUUUCCCACCAUCAUCAUGUUUCACUAAGCAUUGAUUGCUACUUUACGAUCGUUGAGCUCGAUUUCUCUUUACGACACCGCAUGUUCCCCAUACCUUUUUAGCCACGCC